AUGUUCGAGGAGAAGCUGAUCGUUGGUGUGGCUUCAGCCUGCUCUACCCUGGCAAUCGCGGCCUGCUUAAUUGUAGUGCCAUCUCUGUACAACACCAUCAACGAGAUUCACGAUGAAGUCUUGGAGGGAGUAUCUGUAUUCCGCGUCGAAACUGACUCUGCUUGGACCCAGAUGAUGGAUUUCCAAGUGACAGUCGCCCCUCCAGCUAAACCUCGUGAGAACCCCUUCAGCUCUAUCUUCCGUAAUAAGAGACAAGCCGGGCUGCCUUCAUUCUGUCAGUGUACUCCUCCAACAGUAAACUGUCCACCUGGGCCGCCUGGGCCUCCCGGACAGCCUGGAGCACCUGGACAACCUGGUGCACCUGGUCAACCUGGAAGUGACAGCACGGUCACCUAUGCCCCAAUUACCUGCCCUCCUCGGGACACAAGUUGCAUCCAGUGCCCACCGGGACCGGCUGGACCACCUGGACAAGAUGGAGCUCCUGGAAACCCAGGACCAGCUGGAAACCCAGGACAGGCUGGAUCUCCUGGACAGAGUGGACAGCCUGGACCACCCGGACCCCCUGGAGACGCUGGAUCUCCUGGAAAUCCAGGAGGCCCUGGACAACCUGGACAACCUGGACAGUCUGGCACCACUUCAACUAAUACUCCAGGAGCACCUGGACCCCCUGGACCCACAGGAGCUCCUGGAAAUGCAGGAGGCCCAGGCCAGGCAGGAAGCCCAGGAAACGCAGGUGCGCCUGGCCCGGCUGGGCAGCCUGGAGGACCGGGACAACCCGGACAAGAUGGUCGCCCAGGAAAUCCUGGAGCAACUGCUCCUCCUGGAGGUGAUGCUGCAUACUGCCCAUGCCCACCUCGUUCAGCUGUGUUCGUAGCUCGUCGCCGUGUAGCAGCUAAGCACUAA